AUGUCGAAGCGCCAGCGCGAAGGACUUGAUGCCCCGGCCAAGAGGGCUGCCAAAAAUCGGUUCAAGAAGCUCGUCCGCACCGUGAUCCUGAACAUGCAGUGGCUGAACGAAGCCACCGAGGACACGGGCAUUUCGCUGAACGUGAAGAAGAACGUGGCCAUGCUGGUGCGACAGAAGCGCAAGGUCGGCAUGAUGACCAUGGCCGAGAAAUCCCUCCUGCGCACUCCGCACUCCACGCGAAGCGUCGAUGACAGGAAGAAGUUAUGCAACAUUGUGGCGAACCUAGCAUGCUUUUCCAAAUUUCCGCCAAAAGUACGCGCCCGCCUGGUACCGCAUGUCAAGUUCAUGGCGGUCACCCCCGGACGCGUUAUCAUGAAGGAGGGCGAUGUCCCCGUAACCAUUUAUUUUAUUAUCGCAGGAGAGGUGGAAAUGUCUAGGAAUGUAUUAAACAAGGCCACAAAGGUCUAUGAGCUACAAUCAGAGGCUAUCUUUGGACCCGGCGAUUGUAUUGGCGACAUCGAUGUCAUGGAAGAUUCGCCCAGAACCAACACUUACGUCGCCACAACUAAUUGCGAGCUACUAGCUGUAUUUAACACAAACUACAAACUUGUCCUUCAGCCCUUUAUGCAAAAGCUGUGGAAGGAAAAGAAGGCUGCGCUUCGGGCUCUAGACUAUUUUAACUUUCUUAACGAAGAGCAGAUCGUAAACGCCAGCAAGUACGGGACCAUUCAGCAGUUCGAUCCGUUGGAGACAAUCUACACCGAGGACUUGGGCUCUAUGAGCUUUGUCUACUUUGUUCUUAGCGGCGAGUGCGUCGUGCUCCAGUGCCUUCACAUGAAGGUGAGCAUGGUCAAAAGGGAGAAGGUAUUCGAGCUGGCAUUGGUGCCUAAACGGGAGUCUGGAGCCCUGAAUAUGGAUGACGGUUCUAAGACUAACAACGAGCCGUUUUUUGACGUAAACGAAUACAUGCAGUCCAGUUCAUCGGUGGAUGAGAGCAACCAAAGCAAGAAGAGGGGGCUGCGUAAAAUGGGCCUCAAAGAGAUACAGCGCGCCUGUGCCGAUAUGAAGAAGUCGCCGACGAGGAGAUCCACCAAGGACCAAGCGCGGCAGCGGCAACGCCAGCGACAGCGGCAGCGGGAGGGAGAGCGCCAGGUGGAGCGCGAGGAGUACGAGUUCUACAUAGGGGGCGAGGGCGAGGAGUCCUACGAUGGCUCCGAGGAGUUCGCCGAGGACCGGUACAGUGAGCAUUCCGGCCGGCAGUCGCCCGUGCCCGUGCCCGUGCCCGAAACCAUCGAACUGGGCAUAGAGAGCGAGACGGAGGGCUCGGAAAUAUUCACCGCCUCGAACACCUCGCUGCUUGAAACCGUCGAGGAGAGGGACGACCUGCAGCACUAUGAGACGCAUUUCAUUGACGUUGGCUCACUAACCUACGGCGGGAUCUUCGGGUUGGGCGAGAAGAUGGAUCACCGCGUAAUUAUGGCGCGGACAACGGUGCAGUGCAUCCUGAUACCCCGCUUCUGGCUCUUUGAGGCCGCCCAGAAUCCAGGUAACAUUUGGCAGAGGCAGCGUUUCUAUAUCGAAUGCAAUAUUCCAACCAGGGAGGACUUGUUUAAGGACUUCCUUAAGACACGAAAGUGGGAAAAGUUCAGACAUGACUAUAUCCAAAACAUACUAAAUUCGGAUUCUUUGGCCAACUUUACAAAGGUCGAAGAUAUACCAAUAAUUAGUCGCAUUGUGGAGUCAAAAGCUGACGAAGCUUAAGCUCGACCUAAAUUUCCUUGCCGUUUAUUUAUAUUUUUGCAAGUUUCCAACAUUAUUAAAUCAGUAGUAAUGUGCCUGUUUCAAAAUUUAUUGGAUAUAUGACAGCAAGCUAAAGCAUUGUUCGAUACUUAUGCCCACAUAUCGCUUGUUUA